CAAUCCCCCUUCUGACGUCCGUCUUUCUUCCUUUCAUUCCAUCCCAACCGCCAUCGCCAUCCGCCUGAGACGCUCUGCCUUCAUCUUUGCCAGCCGACUUCUCAUCUUCCACUCCGCAAUACUACACAGACGCCAUGGCUGAGAUCCGCCGAAAGCUCGUCAUCGUCGGCGACGGUGCCUGCGGUAAAACCUGUUUGUUGAUUGUCUUCUCCAAGGGCGCUUUCCCUGAGGUCUACGUCCCCACCGUUUUCGAGAACUACGUCGCCGACGUCCAGGUUGACAACAAGCACGUCGAGCUGGCCCUUUGGGAUACGGCUGGCCAGGAAGAUUACGACCGUCUCCGACCUCUCUCCUACCCCGACUCCCACGUCAUCCUGAUCUGCUUCGCCAUUGAUUCUCCUGACUCUCUGGACAAUGUUCUUGAGAAGUGGAUCUCUGAGGUCGUGCACUUCUGCUCAGGCCUUCCCAUCAUCUUGGUCGGCUGCAAGGCUGAUCUGCGAGACGAUCCCAACACCAUCGAGGCCUUGAGGGCAACCAACCAGAAGCCGGUUUCCUCUUCGGACGCUGAGGCUGUUGCUAAGAAGAUCGGCGCAUACAAGUACUUGGAGUGCUCUGCUCGAACUGGCAGCGGCGUCCGCGAGGUCUUUGAGCACGCCACUCGCGCUGCUCUCAUGUCUCGCUCCACCCGCAAGAGCAGCCACAAGAAGUGCCUUGUUCUGUAAACGUGUUUUAUCCUUAUACCCGUCCAUCCCGAGUACACACCCGUUUCCAUUCGCGGCUCGAUUCCCCCCUUUGUAAUUCGAUGCGUUCCUUCCGUUCUUCACAAGCCAACUCACACAAACAAUACGCGGCUGGUUGGGUAAUGAAGGAUGGGCGUUAGCCGCCAUGGUUUGCCGGUUGUCUGCGGGCAUAGGUUUUUUUCCGGGGAUUUGGAACUUGGUUGUCUCGUUUUGCGUGUCUUGCGCGUCUUCGCUAGCGGACACGGCGAGAAGGGUUACUUGGUUGCGUGCAUGGUUCUGCAGUCCCAUCACCGUCAUGGAGUAAGGAUUCUCUAGGGAAAGAGAGAUGAUUGCGAAAGAAGGUAAACCAGAUGUUUUCCCCCUUAUGCCUCUGUCAUAAUGCCGGCGGGCAAGCCGGUCUUGCUUUACUGUAUCUUCCCAGUGGUGCGAAACGGGGUCGACGGGCCUAAUGUUGGAGCUGGCUUUCUUUUUUUCUGAGCUACGAGCGGUUGAUGGUUGAUUCGGGAGCGUACAGAUGGAAUAGAGGGCUUGCAGUUUGUCUAGCUAUGAGAGGAGAUGAGCGGAGGCAUGGGGUGUAAGUAGGUAGCAGCUGUGGAUUUGUCGCACUUUGGAAGUUGCCGGGACUCUCGCGAGCGGUCUCUACAACAGGUUAUCAUACAUUUGUUUCGGUUUUUUUUUUCUUUUUCAACUUGUUCAGUCCAAGGUUCGAGGGCCUGUGCAGUGUGUUUUUGUCUUGUAUUGUCUUGGCUUUUUUUUUUUUUUUAACUUGGCUUGGUUGUAAUAUCGCUUUGUCUUUACACACUCAACAUGUUAGAUUGCGGGU